AUGAAAACAUAUGCCAUUGUUCUCAUAGUCUGUGCUUCAGUUACUGCAGUAGCAAUUCUCUUGUGUUUUCUAUGUAAGUUUAGUCAUAGGAAAACCAAAACCAAAGUUCCAGUUCCACCAAUCCGAGCAGCCCGUGACCUUGAAAUAGGUAAAACCACCACCACCACCACCACCACUUUCGCUAAAAAAGAUGCCGGAGUAGUUAUUCUCGCCGGAGCUGCAGCCUCUGUAGCUACAGCCGCUGUAAUUGUUAGCGCUAGUGGUGGCGGUGGUUGUGGUGGGGAUGGUGGAGGAUGUGGCGGUGGUGGGUGCGGUGGUGGUGGCUGUGGAGGGGGUUGUGGCGGUUGA